CUAUCUAUAGUCAAAUCAAAUAUCCUAAAAAUAAAAAAUCAAAAAAUAUCCAGCCUAUUUUUGUUAUCUAUAGAACUAAAAAAAACUGCAUUGCACACUUUAACAAAGCCCACAAAAAAGAGAAACAAUACAAAUUACACGCUAUUAUAAAUAGAGCAACAGGCAGUAUAAUACCUUUUGGUUAGUCGACAAAAACCCAAAAUCCCAUAUGGCCACAGAUGCUAUUCCGGCGCCGGUGAGUGAUCGGAAUCUCAGCCGGAAAAUGGGACGGUCAUCGAGGAUGAAGUGUCCGGCGCCGUUCUUGUCGAAAACUUAUGAUCUUUUGGAGGAGCAAGAAGAAGAGAGUAGUAUUAAUAAGGUUGUUUCAUGGAAUGGUGAAGGAAGUGGAUUUGUUGUGUGGUGUCCAGCUGAGUUUUCUGAGGUUAUGUUACCUAAGUAUUUCAAGCAUAACAAUUUCUCCAGUUUCAUUCGUCAGCUUAAUACCUAUGGAUUCAAGAAAAUAGCAUCAAAAAGGUGGGAAUUUCAGCAUGAAAAGUUCCAGAAAGGGUGCAGGCAUUUACUAUCAGAAAUAACAAGGAAGAAAUAUGAGCCAAGUGCAUUUCCUACCUACUUAAAUCCAUCUGCAAAGAACAUAAUAUUAGGUAGUACAAAAGAAGAGAUCAAUACAUCAAGGCAACUGCUCAUGGAAGAGAAUCAAAACUUGAAAAGGGAAAAAAUGGAAUUGCAAAUGCAGAUUGCUCAUUUCAAAGCAUUGGAAGUGAAGUUGUUACAAUGCCUCACUCAAUGUAUGGAAAGUCCACAUAAUAAAAACUAGAAGUUUGUUUUAGACUGGAACAGAAGCUUUGUGCAUCGAGUUUUUUUUUUUCUUUUAUUUUUUUUAGAGUCAGGCAUGUAUAUUUUAUAAUUCCGACCCAGUAACCCCGGAAAACUAUGAAAAAGUUGGAAUGGGAAAAAGGGAGAGAAUAAUCGACACAUUGAUUGAUUAAUUCUAGAAUUUUCAAAAGAUGAGGUCAACAUUUGAUUUUCUUAA